ACCAGUGUCCCACUGCUCGCGCGGAUUGAGGCCGGGCCCUCCUUGCAGAAUACCGGACUCAUUCAUCCGCGUGAGAUGAACCGCAGCGGGCUUUAUCAGGUAGUUCAACCACACUUACAUUCCCUUGUCAGGGCGGGGUGGUCGGAGAGCCCUAAUUUGAGCAUUUCCCCUGCGUUAUCAAAGAAAAAAAGUGUCCCAUUGCUUAAAGCCAUAGCCAAAUACAAUAUAUACCAUAAGAUUCUUUUUUUUAUUAAUCUAUAUGUUUAUUUACAGUAUAAUAUAAUGAUAUAAUAAUAAAUCGUUUUUAAUAAUGUUGAAUUACAUUUUGCAGUAUUAUUAGCGAUAAAAGUCAAGGAAUCAAUUCAAAAUGCCUAAAAAGGGAGUGAACAAAUUAGCGAAGAUGUCGGAUGAAGAGAGAGCGCGGUAUCUUCAACACCGAGCCGAUAUGGAAGAGGAGGCUCGAAGAAGGAAGAGAGAACUGAUAGCCAGAUUCAUCAAGAAUAAACUAGAUAAAGAAGAAGCGUACAGUCGAAUGAAUAGAGCAAAACUAAAUCAAGAAUGGCGGUACAUACUACGCAGAAUCAAAUGCAAACAAAUGGAAGCCGAUAUUCAGGGAAUGAUGUCCAGUUUCAAUUUUAUGAUUGAAAGGAAGGACCGUUUGAUUCAAACACUGAUGAAGUCCAUAGACGAUUCAGAUGAACAACACCGCCGUGCCUUCCAGGCGCACACUGAAACUCUCAGCUACUUUUUAAGUAUAUAAACAUUGCAUUUUUAAACGACUGCCCAAAAACUGGAGUUUAUUAUGUUUAGGGUAAAUUUAUGUAUGUGAGUUUUUUUUUACUCCACCAUAACUUUCGAAAGACUCAACGGAUAUGUGACGGAUGUGUAACACUGGCCAUAUAUAUUUUUUAAGAUUCGAAUUAAAAGUCUUGUACAUUCCCAAAAAUCUAUACUUUAUAUACUUUUACUGGUUCCUAAAGGGAAUAAAAUAAUAACAAAUAAUUUAAAGAUCAAAAACACGACUGCCAAUAUCGAACAUAAAUAUUGACUAAAAAAAAAUUUCAUUGCAGUCGGGGAAGCGUUCUGUGAAACAUUUGUAGUCUACGACGUCCCCAAAAUGCAUUUUUUUUAGCAUAACCCUAAUACGACUUGUUUAUUUUUAGUUCGAUUUUUAAAAGCUUCUACUGUUCCUAAUCUUAUGAAUGAGGUUACUUGAUCCGAGCUUUAGUUCCAUUUACGUUAAUACUUAACAUUUAAAAUGUGAUACUUUCUUGUUGUUUAUUUUCUAAUUUGAAUUAAGAAUAGAUAAUAUUAUUUCUUCGCGUAAAGAUAUUUUUUUUUUAUAUAAAAACUCGUCAGAUAUCGGCUCUCAGCGCCUGGAUAAAUUGCAAGUAGAGUACGAUUACCAGAAGAAUAUCCUACUGGAAACUUGGGACAAAGAAGAGUUCGAUAUAACUGACAAACAAGAUCGUGCCGAAUUCAAACUGAGGCUCAUAACAUAUAUACAAAACAGUGACUUCAAAGCUUACAAACACGAGAUGGGACAGAAAAGGGCUACGGAGAAAAAUGACGCGAGGUUGGAAGUAAGUGAAUAUUCAUAUAACAUUUUGUAGAAUUUGCCGAUUACUAAUAUGAAACCAUUAAGGCAAAUGUCAGUAGAUUACUAAUUUUACUUAUUUAACAAUAAACUAUAUUUAAUAGUGCUAUUAAUAAAUAAGGUUUAGGGUCAGAGUAAAUUUACGCUAAAAUUGCAAUUUAAGUAUUAGUCCAAAUUAUACAGAGAAUAAGCAAUCCUACCACCUUUUAGCAGUAAAUAUAAUUUCUGUAGAACCUCGUGCUAAGUUAACUUUGCUAAAUCUCUGUUUAAAAAUUUGAAUUUUGACUAAUACUAAGUGCAGUCUCAGCGUUAAUUUAAUCCAAAGCUAAACCUUGUUUCUUUAUAACACUGUUAGAGUUUAGUGGACUUUUGUGCUAUUGGGUGUAUGUUCUACUUUCUGUCAAUUCUUUAAUAGAAGUGAUGACAAUAAAAUAGACAGAGACAAAGACAAUAAUUUGAGUUCUUUACACUUAACAUAUCAAUUUAGGUAUUACAUAAAGAAAAAACACAUGAAGAGCCAAAAAUAGUUGAUGAUAUACAUAUUUAUUAAUUUUUGAAAGUCAUUUCUUUUUAUUAUGUACAUUAGACACAAAUUUGGUAAGUAACCAUAGAACACUAAAAAAAUUUCAAAGUACAAGUUAGAGAUACGAGAAAGAGAGAGAACUAUUUCUUAAAGAUUUCCUCUUUGAGUUACUGGGGAUCUAAGCGUGAUGGUUUGUUUUAUCAAAGCUUUUUUUUCAGUUUUAAUUCGAAAUCCCACUCGGUCACCUAAAAGUUUGAUAUUAUAUUUCUAAAAAUAAUAAAAACAAAAAUAAAUAUUUUGAAGCAUCGUGUUUAAAACAAACAUUUCUUUAGACUAAAAUACUUCCAAUUUUUAACUCUACUUAGUCUGCAAUAAAACAUUAAUAUUAUAAUUUUAACCUAAAAACUUUAUCGGAUAUUAUUAAUUAAUACAUAUUAAUAAUUUUUAUCAGUUUUGUUUUGUAAUUUUUCAUAGUUUACUUUAAAAUCCUAAUGCUACUUUUUUAAAAUAAAACUCGACUGAUUUAUAUUUUUAAUCACACAGAAACAACACAAAUAGUACCUUAUAAUAAGUUUUUAUUAUGUCAGUAUCAUCAUAGACAUUAAAUUUUCAAAUUUUCAUUCCAAUCGUCGCAAUUAGCUUUUCCUUUCUCAGACAAACACAUCAUCAACAUUUUAGAAAAUUCGCAUUUAUCUUCUGUUUUCUCUGAAAAUGAUAAAGUAUUAAUAUUUCAUUUUGUAUUUAACAGACAUAUCGACAUAAUUAGUUUAAUAUUAUACUUACCAUUAUCAAGUAUUUGAAAGCAUUCUUCUAUCGAUUCUUGUAGGAAAUCCCUUAGAUCUUCAUUUCUGACGUCUUUCGUUAUGACAUCAGUCACUAAAUACCGAUCUGGCAUGCCUUCUUCGUCU